AUGCAUUCCUCUUGCAUUAUCCCUCACUCAGUAGACACUUUAGAUAUUGUCAACAGGGCGGUCCAAUUAGGGCGAGAGCAGCAGAUUCCUGUAACUGCCAGUGCUACAGUGGGGACGGCUGUAGCUGAUACAGCUGGAGCAGAAGAGAAGGCUGUAGCAGGUCAGGCUGUAGCAGGUCAGGCUGUAUCAGCCAAAGCUGCAGCUAACAAGGUUGUGGCAGAUGAGGCUGCAGCAGGUCAGGCUGCAGCAGAACGGGAGCAGCAGGAGCAAGGCAUGGGGAAGGAGGAGGAGACAGCUAAGCAUAAAGAGCAGCAGCAGGGCAGGGAGAAGGGCAGGGGGCGACAAACAUCACAUCUCCCUCGGAAGACAUCAUAUCUCCCAUUGGAGCUACUGGUGCCGGUGUUGCCACUGCAGCACGUGCUCUUUGCGUCGCUGCUCCCCUCGCUGCUCUCCCGCCUUGACUGCCUACUCACUGCCCGGGAUAUUCGGCGAUUCCUUGUGCAGCAGUAUGGGUGUGAGCGCCAGGGGGGGGUUGGUGGCGAGCGGAGGGAAGUUCAGCAGCAGCAGCAGCAGCAGCAGCAGCAGCAGGAACCGCAUUUUCCUGCUACUGAUCUCCUGCGCGCCCUCACCUGCCCCGGCACAAACGAGGGCAGCGUGGGGACAUACGAGUCAGACGAGGUGCUUGGUGACAGCUGCGUGCAGCUCACCUCCUCCUGCCACCUGUUCGCUGCUGCUGGCUUGCCACGCCAGCUGCAGCACGGCGGGCAGGGGCACGGCGGGCAGGGGCAUGGAGGGCAGGGGAACGGUGGGCAGGGGCACGGAGAAAGGAGCGGGGUGACUUUUGAGUCGACUCAAAAGUCACUUGGCUUGCCACGCCAGCUGCAGCAUGGAGGGCAGGGGCACGGGGGGCAGGGGCAGGGAGAAAGGAGCGGGAGUGUUUCAUACGAUGAAUGCAAGGCCUCCCAGCCGACAUUCGAUGGAAUGAAGGGGCAGUGCGUGAAGCUGGUAUCAAACAAGCACCUCGCAGCGCUGGCACUUAAAGCCGGUGUUCCUCCCUUGGUUCGCUGCAAGCCCUUCAGAACCCGUGACUGGUUCGGCCCUCUCGUCCCCCCCUCCCACGCUGUGCUGCUUUUGGCUGACUCCCUCUCUCACUCACUCCUCCCACCACACUCGCUUUCAGACUCCCUCUCUCACUCACUCCUCCCACCACACUCGCUUUCAGACUCCCUCUCACACUCACUCCGCCCACCACACUCGCUUUCAGACUCCCUCUCACACUCACUCCGCCCACCACACUCGCUUUCACACUCUCUCUCACACUCACUCCUCCCACCACACUCGCUUUCAGACUCCCUCUCACACUCACUCCGCCCACCACACUCGCUUUCAGACUCCCUCUCACACUCACUCCGCCCACCACACUCGCUUUCACACUCUCUCUCACACUCACUCCGCCCACCACACUCGCUUUCACACUCUCUCUCACAUGCUAAGUCUCAAGCAGCAGCCUCUCGUCCUCCAUCCCCUUCUCAGGCUACUGCAGCUUCCCAGAACCUUCCUCCGAGCCCUAAAGCACUUCUCGACUCUGCCUUUGCCUCGCUGGCAGCGGCGCGGGCAACAGCCGCCGCCAAGUCAGCGUGCCAGCUGGACAAGAAGGUGCUCGCUGACGUGGCAGAGGCCUUGGUGGGCGCCAGCUGGCGGUGCGGCGGCGCUGACAUGGCGCUGCCGGUGCUGAGGUGGCUGGGCCUGCCUACGGAGGGCGUGGGGGAACUGUUGAGGGGAGAGAUGGGGUGGAGGGGGAGAGAGGUGGAGGGGGUGGCAAAGAGAGGGGUGGUGGGAGUUGCAGCAAAGCCAGAUAUGGCACUGGGCCUUCCUACGGAGGGCGUGGGGGAGUUGCUGAGGGGAGAGAUAGGGUGGGGAGGGGGAGGGGCGGCGAGGGUGGUGGAGGGAAGCGUAGAGGGGGUGCAGAAACGAGGAGGGGUGUCGAGAUCUGCUGCUGAUUCAGAUGUGGCACUAGGAGCGAAAGCAGCAACAACAACAGCAGCAUCAGUGGCAACAACAGCAGCAGCAGCAGUGGCAACAACAACAGCAGCAGUGGCAGCAAUGGAGGCAGCACGAGGGAAACCGGAGCAAAGGGUGUGUGGCAGCAAGCACGCAUUGGAGCCGGCUAGAGGGCCGUCCCUGCUGCCGCUUCAACCGCCAGAGAAGCGACUCAAGCUGCUAGAAGGGGAGUGCGUGCAGCAGCAGCAGCAGCAGCAGCAGCAGCAGCAGCAGCAGCAGCAGCAGCAGCAGCAGCAGGAACAGCAGCAGCAGCAGCAGCAGCAGCAGCAGCAGCAGGAACAGCAGCAGCAGCAGCAGCAGCAGCAGCAGCAGCAGCAGCAGCAGCAGCAGCAGCAGCAGGAACAGCAGCAGCCGUCUCAAAAAGCUGGUUGGCUGUGGGAGCUUCAGAAUGCGAUGGGGUAUCGAUUCCAAAAUGAGGGGAUACUGAGGGAGGCGAUACGGGAGGAGGGGUUGACGUGGGAGAGGCGGUUUGUGUUCCUGGGGGAAGCUGUGUUGGAUUUUCUUGUCAUGCACCACAUGGUGCAAGCAACAUCUGGAGCACCACAUGGUUCUCCUGCCACGUCAUCGCAUGCCACGUCAGCGCACGCCGCCACGUCAUCGCUCGCCGCCCGGCUGUCCCCGCACCAGCUGACGGACCUGCGCAAGGUGGUGAUUUUCUCGGAGCGGUUCUGCCAGCUGGCGGCGCCCCCCGCUGCAGCUGGCUCGGUGCAUGUGGCUGCUGCUGGGGACAUGGGCGUGGGCAAUGAGCAGGAUUAUGAUGAUGAUGCGCAGAUGCAAUUCCCCGAGCCCACACACAUUCCUCUUGCAUACCCCAUAGCCCACACACAUUCCUCUUUCUUCGACAUGCUACAACACUGUUCACAAUUCCCCUCCUCCCUCCACUCCUCUCCCCCCUCCUAUCUCCCCUCCUCUCUCUUCUCCUCUCUCCGCUCCUCUUCUUUCUCCUCUCUCCUCCUCUCUCCCGUUCUCUCUCCUUCCCUCUCUUCCCCCCUCUCUCUCCUCCUUUCUCCUCCUCUAUCCUCCUCUCUUCGCCUCUCCCCCCUCCUUCCUUCCCUCCGUUCCCUUGUAUCUUUCUUCAUCCAUAUUUUUAUCUCUCCGCUUUCCUCUCUCCCUUCUCCCUUCCUUUCUCCCCAUCAGGACGUAUCUGAUCUAAUCAAGGCCCUCACAGCAGCAGUUUUCCUCGAUUUCACUCCUCCAAACACCUCUCCCACCGCACUCAACCCCUGCGCACCUCCCCCUCUCCAUCCCUCAUGCCCUCUCGCCGGGACGUGGCAAGUCGCUCAGGGGAGUGGGGGAGGGGGGGGGCAGUCGGGGGUGCAGUGGGGGGAUGGGUGGGGGAAGGAGUUGGGAAGAGAGUGGGGGAAAGGGGUGAAAACGGCGGGAGAAGGAAAAGGGGCGUGGAAGGAUGAGGGGGGUGGGGAAAGAAACGGGGGUAUGGUGUGUCGAAGGGAUGUGGAAGGUGAAGGAGGGGAGGAUGGGGAGGGCAGAGUGGAAAAUUGGCUGCGUGAAAAGGGCGUGGGGGAAAGAGGAGGAGGGGUGGGGGAGGAGGGGGUGGUGAUGGAAGUGGAGGUGAAAGGGUUGGUGAUGGGGAAGGGGUGGGGGGUGGAUGAUGUUGCAGCAACAAUUGAAGCAGCUGCUGGCGUGCUGAGAAGAGCCAAGGGCUUUCGGCAGCUGUACCGGGAGGGGGAGGGAGUGCUCGUGCUGGGGGGUAUGAGGGCCGCAUGGGAGGCGCAGGAAGAGAAGGCCAGGGCGGGGGAAGAGGAGGGAGGAAAGGAGGGUGAAGUGGGGAAGGAGGCAGGAGGAGGAGAAGGUGUAGCAGGGAUGGAGGAAGUUCGCCCUGAGGGUAGCUUGAAAAUUGGAGAGAAUAAUGAUUGUAAUGGUGGGCAGAAAAAGGCAGGAGGGAAGAAGAGGAAGCGUGGGAAGUCUGGAAAGGGGGUGGCAGCAGCAGUGGAAGGGGAGUCUAUGAUAGCGGCUGCUCUCGCUGCUGCUGCUGCUGCGGCUGCUCCUCCUGCUGCUGCUGCUGCUGCUGCUGCGGCUGCUCCUGCUGCUCCUGCUGCUCCUGCUCCUGUUCCUGCUCCUGCUCCUGCUCCUGCUCCUGCUCCUGCUCCUGCUCCUGCUCCUGCUCCUGCUCCUGCUCCUGCUCCUGCUCCUGCUCCUGCUCCUGCUCCUGCUGCUGCUGCUGUUGCUUCUGCAGUUGCUGGGGAUGUGCCAACGGAUGGUAGAUCCACCGAUGGUGGUGUAAUCAACGGUGUUGAAUCAACCGUUGGUGGUUCUACCGGUGCUGCUUGUGAUGGUAGUGGUGGGGAUGCGAGACCUGCUGGUGGUGACAGCUGUCAACAUGGUGGUUGGAACACUGGUGCUCCCAGGCCGUCCCUUAGCGAGGACGGAGUGGCAGCACCAGAGGCAGAACCCGGUCCGCAUAGUGGCGAGAAUCAGCAGGAGCAGCAGCACCACCACCAACAACAACACCCCCUUCUGGGCCUUCUCCCGUUCUUGCGCCCGUUCCUCCCCCUCGUCCUCCGCGCGUGGCUGUGCACCGCCAUCGCCCUCACCGCGCUGCUCCUCUUCAUCCCCCGCUUCGGCGCGCUCACCACGCUCCUCGCGCAAGGCGACCUUCGUGCUCUCUUCCGCGCGACAGGUGUGGUGCUGCUACUGGUGGGAGUGCGGUCAGCAGCGACGUACUGGCAGGACGCGUGGCUGUGGGAGGCAGCGAGCGGCGUCACUCUGGCCGUGCGGAGGGAAGCAUGGCACCACCUGCUGGGGGCUGAUCUGGGGUUCUUUGAAGGGCGCGGGGGAGGGGGAGGAGGAGGGAGAACAGAUGGGAAGGGAGGAGGUGGAGGGGAAGGGGCUGAAGUGACGGAAAUAGGAGUAACAGCAGAGGCGGCAGUAGCGACACCACCAUCGGCUGUUGCAACAGGGUCAUCGGCUGUAGCAUCAGCAACAUCAGCUGUAGCAACGGGGGACCUGGUGUAUCGAUUGACAGCGGAGGCGAGGGAGGUGGGCGAGGUGGGAGGGAAGGGGGAAACAACUGUAGCAAGGGAUGCAGCUGUAGCGGCACCAGCAGCUGUAGCGGCACCAGCAGCUGUAGCAACAGGGGACCUGGUGUAUCGAUUGACGGCGGAGGCGAGGGAGGUGGGCGAGGUGGGAGGCGGAGGGGAAGCAACUGUAGCUGGGGAUGCAGUAUCUACACAACCAGCAGCUGCAGCAGCAGAACCAGCGGCUGUAGCAACGGGGGACCUGGUGUAUCGGUUGACAGCGGAGGCGAGGGAGGUGGGCGAGGUGGUGUUUGCAAGAGGGGCAGGGGCUGCAACAGACGGGGUUGCUGUAGCAGCAGAACCAGCGGCUGUAGCGACAGGGGACCUGGUUUACAGGCUGACAGCGGAGGCGAGGGAGGUGGGCGAGGUGGUGUUUGCCGUGCUCAAGGCGGCAGUGCCAGCUGUCUGCCAGGUGGCAGUCAUGCUGACACGGAUGGUCCAGCUCAGCCCGGUGAUGACGCUGGCCACUCUGUGUGUCGUCCCACUCAUGUCAGUCAUAAUCGCCACACUUGGCGAGAGGGUUCGCCGCGUCUCUUCCGAAGCCCAGGCCUCUGUGGCGGCCCUCUCAGCGCGGAUCACCGAGGUCCUCCCGGCCAUGCUGCUCGUCAAGGCACAUGCAGCCGAGCCGUACGAGGCGCUCCUGUUCCGCCACCUGGCGGAAGCUGAUAGGUCUGCGCGGCUGAGGAAGAAAAGGCUCAAGGCGCUGUUUCCAGAGGCGAUCACGGCGGCGUAUGCGGCGGCGGUGGUGGUGCUGUUUGGAGUCGCCACGUGGGCCGUGGGGCAUGGAGGAUUAACGGGUGCCGGGAUCGUGUCUUUCUUCACGUCCCUUGUGUUACUGAUUGAGCCCAUUCAGGCAGCGGGCACAGCAUUCAACGAGCUGAAGCAGGGCCAGCCAGCCACUGAAAUCACCGCACUCCACUCCUUGUCGUCACUCUGUCUUCUUCUGUCCCUCCCCCAGGCAGCAGGCACAGCAUUCAACGAGUUGAAACAGGGCCAGCCAGCCAUUGAACGUGUGCUUUCCCUCACACGCUUGAACCCACCACACUCCACCGCUUCCCACUCCUCCUCCUCCUCCCCCUCGUCCUCCUCCUCUCCCCCCCGCACCCUUCAAGAAGAGGAAAAAGACAUUGGAAGGCUAGAGGGAGACAUUGAGUUCCAAGGGGUGUGCUUUGACUAUUUCUCACCGACAGAAGCCAGGAUACAAUCAGUGGCACCAGUAGCAGGAGAUGCCACAUCACAAGCAGCAGCAGGAGUAGCAGCAACAUUACCAGCACCAGCAGCACCAGCAGCACCAGCAGCACCAGCAGCAGCAGCAAAUGGGGAGUCGUUGGUGUUGUCAAAUGUGUCGUUCCGGGUGAGGCGGGGUGAGACAGUGGCUGUGGUGGGGCCGUCUGGGGGAGGCAAGAGCUCCCUUCUCAAGCUGCUGCUCAAGCUCUACCGCCCCUCUGCAGGUGAGGUCAUAUGCUCAAGCUCUACCGUCCCUCUGCAGGUCAGGCCACAUGGUGCAGUGGGGGGAGGCGUGGUGAGCGUGCGCCGUCAGAUUGGCUUUGUGCCACAGGAAACGGUGUGUGUAGGUGUGGUGGCGGUCGGGGGAGUGAUGGUUCUUUUUUCGGGAACAGUGGCUCAAAACAUCGCAUACGGCCAUUUGGAAUACCUCUCCUUGAAAUCUUCCAACCUGCCCGGAAAGGCAACAAAUUUGGCCAUGGUGGAACGAGCUGCCCGCCUUGCCAAUGCACACGAUUUUAUUUCUGCCCUGCCUGAAGGCUAUUUCACCCAGCUGGGGCCUAGAGGGGCGUCUCUCAGUGGCGGGCAGAGGCAGAGGCCGGCAGCAAUUGCCGAUGCUGACCGAGUGCUGCUGAUGGCCCUCAUUCUCCCCCUCCUUCCGCCCCUCCUUCCCCCCCACGUUCUCCCUCGUUCUCCCCCUUCAUUCUCCCCUUGUAUCAGCAUCGAGCAUCGAGCUAAGCUGCAGCGCAUCAUGGACCGACGAGCUUCAUUCCUCUGCUUAUCGAUCUCCCUCCUGCUCCUCCUCGCCUCCUCGCCGCAAUUCACGCCGCGCGUGGCGGCGCAAGCGGAAUACUCGGGACGGCUCGCGUAUCUGCGGAUCGUCGACGCGUUAAAGGCCAAGGGCUACUCGAUCGCGCUCGACGGACUUGGAAUCUCGGGACUCAACGACACGCUGAUCAAGCUCCUCCCGACGAGAAACGUGACGAUUCUCGUCCCCACUAACGGCGCGUUUUACAAGUUGACGGCGGCGCCGUGGAAGGGGUUAAAGAAGACGCCGGACAAGCUCCGUCAGAUCCUCGCGUACCACACGCUGCGCACGCGGAUGCGCUUCCUGGAGAUUAAAGCGCUUUCGGUUGGAACCACGGUAAGGGCGGGGCGGGCAAGGCGGUGA